CUAAAUCCUAAAACCUCUGAUAAUUCUCCAAGAAAUUGAUACACAGACGAUGAAGCCAUCGACCAUGGCGGCCAUGAGGAAACUCUCAAAUAAUAUAACCUUUUCUUCUCGUCUGCCAAAAUUCAGCUUAAAUAUUUUAUCACCAUCUUCAGUAGUUCCACCCUUCGUAAUUUUCUCUAGAGGCAUAGCAUCCAAGCUCUUCGUUGGAGGCCUUUCAUUUUACACCACCGAACAGGGGUUGUCCGAAGCAUUUUCUCAACAUGGUCAAGUUAUUGAAGCUAAAAUUGUGAUGGAUAGAGUCUCAGAUCGAUCUAAGGGCUUUGGAUUUGUGACUUAUGCAUCAGAAGAUGAAGCUGAGAAAGCUAUUGCAGAAAUGGAUGGAAAGGAACUCAACGGGCGCGUUGUUUUUGUGGAUUAUGCUAAGCCAAGAUCGGGGGGUUCUCGUAAUUCAAUGCCAAUAGCUAGGGGGCCUCCUGAACCAUCACCAGAAAGUUGAUCUCUCGAUCAACCGAUGUGACAAGUUAAAAGCAUCAAACAUUGUGACAAUUCAUUACAAUACAAAGAAUACGCUGGUUUGGUUCCAGGAACUAAAAUACAGCAACGUUGGUGAUUGAGAGCGAAGGUAAGUUUAGAUUGCUAUGUAAAAUGUUUCAUUUUCUUAGAAUUUAUUUAUUUUGCAGUAAGAGACUACUCAUUUUGGCAUUCAGUUUAAUUAGUUGGAAAGUAAUACUAGUAAAUGAUGGAGUAUUUACGUUUUGAACUAUGGUCGAGUUAUUCCAGAAGUUGAGGUGAUUUUUAAUAA